GCGCGCUUGUGUGAGGCUGAAGGGAGCUGCAAGCGGAGCCCGGCGCGUGGCGGCGCGAGAGGGGGACCCAGCAUGCGCGAGCGGCAGGGAAACGGAGCGCGCUGAUUGGCCUGAGCGCAGCGAAAGGGGUUCCCCGCGCAACCAAAAGAGAGAGAGAGAGAGAGGAGCAAAGGGGGAGGAGCCCAGUCGCAGCGGAGGCCUGACCUCACAAUACCCCCUCCUCUUUCUCUUCCUCCUCCUCCUCUGGGCUCGUGCUGUCCGGGCCUGGUGGUGGUCGGGGCGCCGGCGGUGGAGGAGGGAGGCCAUGCGGCGGAGCCCCCCGUCGCCCCUCCCGGCCGCGUGAAGGAGGAAGACGAUGCGGGACCUGCCCGGCGCCUCGCUGCAAAAGGCUUGCCGCCUCCUGGUGCUCUUCUGCCUGCUCCACCUCCUGGCCGUGCUUUUCUACUACCUGGCCGGCAGCGCCCUCGGGCCCCAAGGCAGCCCCGAGCAGCCCCCGCCCCGACGGGGGACCCCCAGCGCCGCCCUCCCGACCGGAAACGCCUCCCAGCCCUGCCCGGACCCCUCCCCAAGGCUCAUUGGCCCAUUGCGUGUGGAGUUUUCGCAACCUGUGAAUUUGAGGAAUGUGCAGAAGGACAACUCAGAAGUCAGGGAUGGAGGCCACUACACCCCAAAGGACUGUAAAGCACUUCAGAAAGUGGCAAUUAUUAUUCCCUUCAGAAAUCGGGAUGAACACUUGAAAUACUGGCUGUAUUACCUCCACCCCAUUCUUCAAAGGCAACAGCUUGAUUAUGGUAUAUAUGUAAUUAACCAGGGGGGAAAAGAAAGAAGGAACGCUGGUCGUCCUGCUGCUUCAAUGGGUGGAGAAGAGACAUUCAAUCGUGCAAAGCUUCUAAAUAUUGGCUUCAAAGAAGCUCUGAAAGACUAUGACUAUGACUGCUUUGUAUUUAGUGAUGUUGACCUAAUCCCAAUGGAUGACAGAAACAUCUACAAGUGUUACAGCCAACCCCGACAUCUCUCGGUCUCAAUGGAUAAGUUUAAUUUUCGCUUACCUUACACCCAAUACUUUGGAGGAGUAUCUGCUUUAAGCAAGGAGCAAUUCCAAAAAAUCAAUGGGUUUCCCAAUAACUAUUGGGGCUGGGGAGGUGAAGAUGAUGACAUUUAUAACAGACUAGUUUUUAAAGGCAUGGGGAUUUCUCGCCCAGACGCUAACAUCGGAAAAUGUCGAAUGAUUCGCCAUUCAAGAGAUCAGAAAAAUGAACCUAACCCACAGAGAUUUAACAAAAUUGCUCACACAAAGGAGACAAUGAUGUCCGAUGGACUGAAUACUCUGACCUACACCGUAGAAAAAACUGAGAGAUUUCCAUUGUAUACAUACAUCACAGUGGAUAUUGGAUCACCAAAAAGCUAAUGUGACAGAGACACAGGAGAGUCGGAGAGUUGACGUGCCCGGGGACUGCUCGUUCCAUCAAUAUGUUAUAUUUGCUAUUUUUUAUUACAAUCAACAUGAACAUGGAUGCCUUGAUUUGCCGUAUUGAGGCCUUUCACCUUGCUGAACUGAAAAGAAUUUUAAUCCCAGACUUUGCUGCAGAAAUCUUUCUCCUUUUCUUUCUGUUUUAGAAACUAUGCAUAAAACUUUGUAAAGAUGUCAGUUUUCAGAGAAUUUUCAGGUGGAAACACAUGCUUGAUGUGCUGGAAAAUCUUCCUCUGCAAGCUCACUGGAAAAGAAAGAAAACUAUAAACAAGCACUGUUGUGCUUCUGUGUGGUUUCCACUCAACUCAUUGGAGGGUAACAUUAUAGAUUUCCGGUGGAUUGGGCUCUGUAUGUUCACUACAGUGCUAUCCAUGUGAAAUAAUACUUGCACACAAUUCGGGAAACAGUACUGCCUUCAUAAAUUAUGAUGCAUUUAACAGUUACAUCAGCUUCUCCAUCUCCCCCAGUUUAAUUUUGAAAUUAAGUAACAUUUAUUGAAUUCACUGCUGUGGUUACAGUAUGAAGGACUGGAAAAUGCUGCUAAAGUUGUAUGAGUUUACAAGAUUGGCUAAAUCACCCUUUUCUCAAAGACUGAAUCAUUUCAGUCAAUUUCUUUCCUUUCUUCCUUCCAAGCACAUGCAAGUCUAAAGGAAGAGAUGGCCAUACAUUCUGUUUCUUUAGCUGAGGAGAUGUUGACAAAUGUGGACUGUUUGCUGAAGAAUAGCUCCAGUUCCCACUUGUGGGAGUCACCCUUGCACACAGAGCAGGAUUUAAGGUUCUCAACCUUUCGUCCUCUGAAUGUUUUGGACUUCAGCUCCCACAAUUCCUCAUUAGCUGGUAAGAUAGCUGGGAUUUCUGGGAGAUGAAGUCCAAAACAACUGGAGGACCAAAGGUUGGGAACCACUGAUUAAAGUAAGGGCAAGCACAACCAAUUAGUAUUGUCGAAGGCUUUCGUGGUUGUUGUAGGUCAGUGGUUCUCAACCUGUGGGUCCCCAGAUGUUUUGGCCUUCAACUCCCAGAAAUCCUAACAGCUGGAAAACUGGCUGGGAUUUCAGGGGGUUGUAGGCCAAAACACCUGGGGACCCACAGGUUGAGAAGCACUGUUGUAGGUUUUUCAGGCUGUAUGGCCAAGUUCUUCUAGAACAAAGGUCCUCAAACUUUUAAAAAAGAGGGCCAGAUCUCAGUCCUUCAAACUGUUGGAGGGCCGGGUUAUAAUUUGAAAAAAAAUGAAUAAAUUCCUAUAAAUACUGCACAUAUAUUAUUUGUAAUGCAAAAAAACCCACUUAAAACAAUACAAUAAUUAAAAUUAAGAACUAUUUUAACAAAUAUAAACAUUAGUAUUUCAAUGGAAAGUGUGGGCCUGCUUUUGGCUGAUGAGAUAGGAUUGCUGUUGUUGUUGUGUGCUUUCAAGUAGUUUCAGACUUAGGUUGACCCCCUGAGCGAGGGCCAGGUAAAUGACCUUGGAGGGCCGUAUCUGGCCCAUAGGUCAUAGUUUGAGGACCCCUGUUCUAGAACAUGGCCAUACAGCUUGAAAAACCUACAACAGCCCAACCAACAAGUAGCUUAAGAAUCUCAGGGGCAUCAACUAAACAUACCAGAGACUAUAUAAGAAGCACCUUAUUAAACAGAGAGUAGGCGUUCACCACUGCCAUCCCCGCCCCUAGUUUCCUUACCAGACAGCCUGAACCCAAAAUACUACUGCAAAUAGUGUAACCAUAUGUGCAUUAUGAGUUGAGCAAGUACACUCUCCCUCCACCAAUUUGCUGUUGAUCCCCCUAGCUAUGUUCAGUUCAUGACUACACCUAAAACUAAUAGAAGUCAAUAACUAUAAUUGUUUUUUGACAUUUGCACAAAUCCUGCUCCUGGAUCAGAGGUGUCACUACGGUUAGUGUCAUCAGAUGCAGUAACUUAUGAUGUCAUCCUCAUGGAUACCUUACCAGACCAAAUCACAGUAUUGUAACUAAAAUACCAGAAUCUUCAAGUGUCUGUGCUAGUGCUCCUGGUACAUCCUGAGAUUAUGCAUACGUAUGCAUUCAUGCAAGAAGCAUUGGGAGGGCAGGGGUAUUACUAAAUAUUACUUGACUGCUUUCCCUCAGUUCCUCUGAAGAAGUCACCUGGUGUGACCCGCACCCCCUGAUGAUGCCAUUGUCCUGGAUUGCCUUCUGUGAAUAGAGAAUUUAAUUUUGCUUUUUAAUGUUUCUACCAAGAAAUGGCAACUAUUUUGAAAUUCUGGGCUCUUAAAGUGGCCUCUUCAUUUUAAAAAAAAGGUCUUGUCAGAUGUUUACUAUCUUAAAGGUCUAGAUAAUGUAUAAAUGUCAAACAGAUUUUCUUUCUUGCAGUCUUGUGUGUAAAACUUGAAGUGCUGCUGUUAAAUUUUAUCAUUGCAAACAUGUUAACAACAUGCCCUUUAGUGAAGUUAUGGAGAUCUUAAUUGCACCAUAAAGCAGCAUAUGAAUGCCACCAAAGUAAACUGUAGGCAGAGUCAUGUUUGACUUGGACUUGAUUGUAUACUCACCUUGUGCACUUGUCUGUUCAGUCUUUCGAUGGGCUGAUACUUAAAUGGUGGCCAAGGUGUGCCUUUUAAAAAUAUGUAUAUCUUCUGUGUCUUUCAGGAAUAAGAUUAUUUUUGUAAACUUUUAA